UGAGGAAAACGAUUCGCAGCCCACCUCUUGCUCGCUCGAACAGAGACACACACGAACCGCUCGGUCAUAUCUCCCCUCUCCCUCGCGUUCUCCCUCUGGAAACCCUCAGCGCCGCCGCCACGCCCGGCCCCCUCGGUCGCCGGCCGGAUUCUCUCCAACUACUCCAGAUCCGGCCGUCCCAGCUAGUUCCCCGCCGAUUCCCGUCCUCACAGCCGCGAGUACCGCCGUCAGCGAGGAGCAGCGCCGGUGGGGGAAGGAGGAGCGAGCUCAGUGAGGAGCAGCGCCGGCGAGCAAGGAGGAGCAUCCCGACGACCAAUCCCCAUCGCCCAAAGCGCAAUGUGUGAUGAACAUGUCGGAGAUACUGCUCAGCCACCGUCAGCACAAGCAGUACAAGAACUAGUUGAUUCAUUCUCAGAUCAACAGCUUGAUGCUACAGAAAUACAAAAGUCGAUGCAUGGUGGGAUCCAAAAACAAGCAAAGAACGACACAGUCUUUACUCCCAAGCAAGCUGGGUUAGGCAGAUCAUACAGGGAGAUGUUGACGGACGAGGAAGAAGAUGUGGUUUCAUACCGUCCUUUCUGGGAAUACACUUGGGGCGACAAGUGUGGUUCCUUCGAAGACUACACCUUUUUGACUCCCACACUUUAUACAUAUGGAACCAUCCCAGCACAUGCUGGCCCCUUCGGUUUCUUGCAGAUCUUCUCCAUCAAAGUCAUGGAGAAUGAAAUGUGGAGAAUCAGGUGGCCAGUGGAGGUAUAUGGCUUCAUUGCUGCUCGAGACAAUUUGGAUCGCAAUCGCAACCUUCUGUUCAGCCAGACAAGGGAUGAGCCCCAAAUUCUCACUCAACAGAUAAGGGAGAACCUUUUAUCUUGGCUGAAUCGUUGUUUGAGAGAAAAUAGAAAGACGAAGGCGAUGAAGAGGAUACAUGAGCGGUCAAGUCAGCGUGAGGUGGAGAAGAUGUGGUGUUUCUGUCGGCGGCGCUGGGCCAGCAACAUCAGGCAGUGGACUACGGGGAGCUGCCGUGGGUGGUGGCUACAGUUUCCACGAGAGUGGGGUGGGGGUGGCACACGUGGGGGCGAUGGCAGCAAGUGGAUCCGUACCGCUGAGGUGCACAACCACUCCGAGAAGGCCACAACAGCAGAGGAGCGGGAUCGGUGAGAAGAUUGAAGGUGUUGCGGACCCUGAUACUCAAUUCCAACAAGGUCAUGACCUUUUUUUCCUUCUUUCUUUGUCGGUGGAUUUGCGGCUGCUGAGUUCGUGUUUGUGAUGAAAUUAAUGAGUUAAUGUUUGCACUGGUUUGCAUGUUAUAGAUUAACAAGGCAUCUAUGCUUGACGAGGCCAUUGAGUAUGAGAAGCAGCUGUAUCUGGAAGUUAGUAAGCAUGCAUGGAUGCAUGGUUGGAUGAUGAGCUUAGAUUGAGGGAGAUGGUGGUCUCAUCGAGGACGUAUGCAUGUAAGAUCUCUAUGAUUAGGGCCCAAUGCUCAGUUAAUUUCUGAGUGAUGGAGUUCGUCGAAUAAACGUGAACCACAUCAUAGGAAGGGGUGUUAUUCUAGCUUUAGUCGAUGCACAAUAUUCAAUUCAUAUAUGAUUCCAACGGCUUUACUUCCAUAUCACAGGUUUUCCCAAACCAAAUAUUAGUAAUGCCACAUGUAUACGAUUAGUGUCUAUUCAUUUGUUUUGUUUCCACUUCCAUUUUAUUGCCAGCAAGCAACAUUGACCUCAGACAUCU